AUGACGUCACACCCAGUAGCGAUCUCUCCGCAGUGUGGAAAUAGUUGAAGAGCGCACGCAGUCCAAUCCACAAAACACAUUUUUAGCUAAGCGAGAAAUAUACAUUUGUGAGUUUGUUGUCAACAUCGCUUGGACAUGAUUUGUGUUAUUUUUAACAGGCUCUGAAAGACGCGCAGUCAGUGAAGGACGUUUGAAAACGGACUUCUGAUUAGUUCACGAUUAAGUUCAAACCGGGAAAAGACACGGAUAGAGUUUUUUUUUUAAAUCAACGACAUAAGAUUCAUUUAAAUCAGAGCACAGGCAGCAUGGCGAGAGAAGACGCUCGAAAUUGGCAUGACUUCACAAAAAUGAUCGGACUGUUCAGCGUGGUCACGUUGCUGACUUUUCAAGGGGCGGUGUCUCAGCGGGUGAAGGUGGAACCGGAAGUGAUGUCCUACCCCAGCCAGGCGGUCAACCUGAGGUGUGCCUUCGCAGACGCUGGAGGGAUACAGCUCACACAGGUGUCCUGGAUCUAUGAGCCGAAGGAGGGCGAGCGGCUCAACAUCGCCGUGUACCACCCUAACUUUGGGGCAAGUUACCCCACAUCGCCCCUGAAGGGGCGGGUCCGCUUCACGACGGAACCCCCCUCCCUCAGCAACCCCUCCAUCCAGAUCUCAGACGUCAAGAUGACUGACGAGGGGAAAUACAUCUGUGAAUACGCCACCUACCCCAGUGGCAACGAACAGGGUGUCACCUCCCUCGUCAUGCUAGCCAAACCCAGGAACUCUGCCUCCGGGGUAACAGUGAUAGCCUCCACUGUCGUCACGGGAGCUCAGCCAGUUGUCGUGGCCCGCUGUGAGUCGGCCGACGGUCGUCCUGCUGCCCAGAUCGCAUGGGUGACAGCUGUCAACGGCAACGCUACCUCCGCCUCUACGGCGGGCGCUGACAACACCGUGACGGUAUCCAGCCAGUACAUGCUGGUUCCCACAGCAGCAGACAACGGCAAAGACAUCAGCUGUUUGGUCUCCCAUCGAACCCAGGCCAAGCCUGAGAGCUUCCUGAUGAACCUGGCCAUCGAAUACCCCCCACAGGUGACCAUCGUGGGCUAUGAUAAUAACUGGUACGUGGGUCGGACCAACGUGGCUCUGACCUGUCAGGCUACUGCCAACCCCGUCCCUACCACCAUCGCAUGGAAAACUAUGUCCGGUCAGAUGCCAGACACAGUGCAGGUAAAAGAAAACGUGCUGACCGUGCUAAAGGUGGACGAGCAGAUCAACACAACCUUCGUCUGCGAGGUCAAGAACCGCCUGGGCACCGGCAAGGACCAGGUCACUGUUAUGGUCCAAGAACCCUCUGUGGUCCCCUCCAACGCGGCCGUGGUGGCAGGUGCUGUGAUUGGCUCCCUUCUGGCCCUCCUCCUCGUCGCCGCCCUUAUCGCCGUCCUGGUCACCCGGAGCCGCCGGCAACAGCAGGGUUACCGUGGCAACCCAAACCACAGCUCCUUCGACAUAAAGUCGCGUCUCUUCGGCGCCGGCAAGAAGGGGAGCAAGAACGGGACAGGUGCUGGCGCCGGGGGCAACGGGGUGGGUGGCAACAACAACAGCCCCAUCUACGUCUACAAGGAGGGCUCCGCCCAUGAUGGCCUGACUGACAAGGCCAAUCAACAUGUGCCGCUGCACCUGGGGGGGCAUGGUGAGGGGGGGGUUGCCACGGCGCCCACUGCGCAGGACAUCCUGCUGAGCGGCGAGCUGGACGAGGCAGAGCGAAGGAAGUUUGACCAGCUGGAGGACGACGAGGAGAGUUACGACCACUUUGGAGGGGGCGGGCCCAUCCUGCAACUCCGCCCACCACAUGACCAAGACGGAAUCAUGAGCGGUUACCUUGACGACGACAUGGAGUCUCAGCGCGACGGGUCGGUCAUCUCACGGACUGCCGUGUACGUGUAGAGAGAACGGGCAGAGGAAGAGGAGGAGGAAGGGAAAGCGGGAUGGAAGAAAGAAAAGAUGAAUGAACAUGUCCUCCUUCUAGAGGAGUCGGUGGUGUUGGGUUCUCCUCUGUUGGAUCAUUUGAAAUAUAUUAACAACGACCAAACAUGCAGCCCAUAGAGAGAGCAAGAUGAAGUGGCUGAGGGAGGGAAUGUACAGAAACCAGAUGAAGUGGCUGAGGGAGGGAAUGUACAGAAACCAGAUGAAGUGGCUGAGGGAGGGAAUGUACAGAAACCAGAUGAACUGAAUGAAGUGGCUGAGGGAGGGAAUGUACAGAAACCAGAUGAACUGAAUGAAGUGGCUGAGGGAGGGAAUGUACAGAAACAAGAUGGAGGACUGGUGCGUUGAUAAAACAACUAUUUUUCUCUGGUCCCAAUAUGAAAAGUGGAUCACUUGAUAUCUAUCUACCAAAACAAUGAAAGAAAUCCUGAAACUAUCUUUCUCACAUCGCUGCUCUGUCUGUUGUGUUCCUCAUUUCUUUAGUUUAGGGACCUUGGAGAUUGAAGCCUCCAGAGAGAGACAUUGUAGUAGGGACUUGUGGGUAAAAUGGCAUCUCCAUGCAGCCGUUCCCUCGCUAGCUAGAGAAACUCCUCACUAAAAUAUUCACUCUUAUCUCCACUAAAUGCACAGUAGCAAUGUAAGGGGUGUCACGAUGGUAUCUGCUCCCUGCUAUUCUCGUCUCUCUCCUGUGGGACAACAUUUGUUCCGGCUACAGUAGCCUUGUUUCUGCUGUAUGUGACAGUACUGGGGAGGGGAACAGGAAGUUUGGCAGGGGAAGUGGUCGAUGUAGUUGUGGUUAAGUAAAAUGUCAAACUCUCUCUAGUGUCUGUAUGUUGCAGUAGGCCUCCUCUUUCUACCUCAUUUUCUCUCUGCUAUUGUGCCACCAACUGGAAGUAUGUGCAGAAUUUAGUUUGGGACAUUCUGAAAUCAUAAACAACUUACUGAAGGAGGGGUAGUCAUCUAGAUGAAGACCGUGCAUGAAAGGGGAAUUGAUAGAGGGAUAGGAGGGAGGGAAACCAUACAGCUGCUCUCUCAUGUCCGGAGAGACAGGGAGAGAGGGAUUAGGAUGAAUUGAUUAGAGGGAUAGGAGGGAGGGAAACCAUACAGCUGUUCUCUCAUGUCCGGAGAGACUGGGAGAGAGGGAUUAGGAUGAAUUGAUUAGAGGGAUAGGAGGGAGGGAAACCAUACAGAUGUUCUCUCAUGUCCGGAGAGACAGGGAGAGAGGGAUUAGGAUUAAUUGAUUAGAGGGAUAGGAGGGAGGGAAACCAUACAGAUGUUCUCUCAUGUCCGGAGAGACUGGGAGAGAGGGAUUAGGAUGAAUUGAUUAGAGGGAUAGGAGGGAGGGAAACCAUACAGAUGUUCUCUCAUGUCCGGAGAGACCGGGAAAGAGGUAUUAGGAUGAAUUGAUUAGAGGGAUAGGAGGGAGGGAAACCAUACAGAUGUUCUCUCAUGUCCGGAGAGACGGGAAGAGAGGUAUUAGGAUGAAUUGAUAGAGGGAGAAAAAGGGACGGCUCAAACAGCAGGCUGUUCUCCCUCUCCUCCAUUUGAUCCCUCCCUCCUUGUGGUGUUCCUGACAGGAAGAGUUUGAUUGCUAAUGAGCCGUGAAGUCAAUGCUCAUUUAAGCCCACACACACACACACACACCAAAUUACCACCGCUUAGAUGGUAUGACGUGGAAAUUUUCUCUCCCUCCUCGCUCUCCUCUGUUCUCCCUCUCCUCCGUUCUCCCUCUCCUCCCUCCUUACCCUGUCUCUUACCUCUGUCUCUCUCCAUCACCUCUCUCCUUCUCUCCCUCACCGUCUCUCUCUCCUCCACCAGACUUUCUCCAUCACCUCUCUCUACCCUGUGUGUGUGUGUGUGUGUGUGUGUGUGUGUGUGUGUGUGUGUGUGUGUGUGUGUGUGUGUGUGUGUGUGUGUGUGUGUGUGUGUGUGUGUGUGUGUGUGUGUGUGUUUUACACAGGGCUGUGGGGAGGUCAGGGAUACAGGGAGAGCAGAGGGAGUAUUUCUUGCCUCCCUCCCUACGUGUCAAACACCCCACUUACUGUACCCCCUUCCUCCUGCCAGACCUGACUCAGAAAGCCAUGGUGGAGUCAUGCCCUGCUCACUGUACAUCUCAGCUUUCAUAGUUUGAUUAGUAAGGUUUCCUCCUAUCCCAUUGUAUAUGUUGCUCUGUCAAUCUAUACAAUCACAAGGUAUAUAGAAAUCCAAAUACAUGAUGGCAUAUUUGCAUCUGUAGCUAAUUAAGAUAUAAAUGAAUUGAUUGAUUCUGUGCAUACACAGGGGGGUGAAUGACCUGUUAUAGGACCUACAUUGACUAGCAGAGGUCUGGGUAUAAUCCUUCAUGAUUCAGACCGGAGCCUGAUAGUUUAGUGACUAAUGUGUCUUUCUAACAAGACAGUCGAGGGCUGUUCAAGCCAAUAUCACCGUGAACAACUAUUGUACAUCACUAGAGGCAAACAGAUGAGCACUGGAAGGCUAUGACCAGCUGUCUUCCUGAAGAGCCUUACUUUCCUACCCUCAAUAGCCCAGAUCUGAAUCCCCUCUGAAUCAGCCCCUUCACAACUCCUAUCUCAUGACUCCCCUGUGAUACAUCAUGUUUCCUGGUUAAUCAGUGGGGUUUCCUUGGCCGCCCUGAGCAGGUGAGGCACCUGAUUGGCCCAUUAAGCCUGGGUCUGUUUCUGAGUCACGACCAGCCAGAGGUCAUGGGGUCAAACGAUGUGCGUUUUACCCGCUGAGGGCGUGGAGGGUGCCUGUGGGUCGCACCUCUAAUAGGGCACUUUAACUUUAACCCAUAGGGUUCACAGAGAAACACACAUAUUACACACUCUGGUGAGAGAGCGACAUGUAGUAGUGUUCCAGGAUGACAUUGACUGUUGUGGUGGAGGUUGACCUUGGUGUGGGGGAGAGAAAGGAACAGAGAGGGGGAGACUGGGAGGAAGGGAUAGAUACUGACCCACUGUGCGACUCGCCUAACAAUCAGCACUUGAUAACACGAUAGCCUAAGUCUGUCAAUUACAAUAGAUUGAUAGCAUUAUGGCCUCAGUAUAGGCCAAAACUCUGACUUACAUACACAUUAUAGAUACAGUACACCUGCAGGGAGCAGGGCUCAACAGUGCAACCAUUUACUUGCAUAUGCGCCUAAAUAUUUUGCUGUGCGACAUCGAAUUUUUAUUUUGGAUCCCCACAGUGUGCUGAGAACCGUUUUGAAUUCUAGCUUUAUUACCUCAAAUAUUUUUCACUGUGCUCCUAAAUUUCUUUGUGUGCGCCUACAUUUUUCAACUCAGCCACACACGUGCUCCUAAAAAAGGCCAGCAUAGAGGCCUGUAGUGAACUACUUAUCAUGACCACUAACAAACAUGUAUCUCCUAUCUUUGCACUUGUGUGUAACACCAAAACAGGAUAUGCCCACUAGUUAUAUUUGUAUGAAGGUGAUUAAGUGUGUCUUUGGAGAAAUAUUGAUAAUGUCCUUCGGUUUGUAAUGUGAAGGAGGAGGGAGGGAAGGGAGAAAUUUGUAUAUAUUUUUUGGUGUGAACUAUCUGUAUAGUAUAUAUGUACGGAUCUUUAUUUUUCUUGUCGAACUCCUGUGGAAAAAAUGUGGAUAUUUAUCAGUGUAAAUAACUGCUGUAUACAGUCAAUGUUGUCGUGUGGAACUCAUUUCUUGGUUUGGCCAAGGUCAAAGUUCAAUCGGAGCCAAUAAUACUGUACUCAGAAUAUAACUGUUUGAAUAGACAACCCUUCAAUGAAAAGGUGUAGGAUGUAUAAGAUGCACAUCUUCAGCUAUUAAAUACAUGUAAACAUUUGAGUUUUUCAGCCAGGAUGAUGACUGAAAUAACUGGAUUAGACAGGUUCACUAAACUCAAUCAGCAUACUUAUUAAGAUAGCUGCCCCUUCACCCAUAAACACACACACUAUUUAUCAGAUAGAGUAGCUCCCAGCGCUGUGUGUGGUUUCUGAGUCAGCGCUGUGUGUGGUUUCUGAGUCAGCGCUGUGUGUGGUUUCUAAGUCAGCGCUGUGUGUGGUUUCUGAGUCAGGGGCUUUGGGACAUCUGUCACUGCCACAGGGUGUGUAACCCUAAUGUAACCCCCAUUUCCUGCCCCCUCUGUCUCUUAGCAUAGGGAGUUAGAGGAGACAUUACUGUACACUGUCCCCUGCAGCCUGAUCUCUCUCUCACGCACACACACACACACACACACACGCACACACAGAAAGAGGGAACUAGUAGGAGAGACACUUCCCAAACGCACACAAACACUCAGUGGUCCCAACUAAGCUCGGUGGUCAGAACUCUGUCAGCACAUUCACAGACCCUUCUGUUCCCCAGAGACUGGGAUUGAGCCACACACACACUCCUCUUACCCAAUGUCAGGGAUUUGAAGGAGAAUGUGUGCUAAGAACACUUUAUCUGUACUGUUGCUCUCUCUCUGUGUGAGUGCUGCGUUUUACCACAUUCCCAAAAUAAAAUACCCAAUUGGCCAAACUUGACCUCCACAGACUGGUCCCGAAGUAAAAUGCUUCUAGAAAAUCACUAUCCAACUAUGUCUUCAGUCUUUUACAACAUUUAGUUUUUUUUUUAAGUAAAUGUUUUCUGGGAAUCUACUCUUGACCUCCACUUGUACUGGUUGGCACAAAAGUUUAAAAAUAAAAAUGCUUUUAGAGAGUUUCCGUAAUGUCCCUGACCUGGAGCACAGUGGUAGCUAGUUAGUAGUGGUUGAUAAUCCACAUCAUCGUCCUCUGGCUCUAAACAUGGAUGACUAAUCCAAGCCUUAGCUUCCUUGUCGUCUCGAUCGCUCCCCCCUGACGUGUACAUAGUAUAAAUAUAUAAAUACAGUAUCUAGCGGAAAGAAUGACUAAUUUAUGGUGUCACGUGUUCUAUUUCUCAGCGCCAAGCAUGAAGGAUUUAUUCUGUUCUGUAUCAAUGCUUAGUCCUUAUCUUUUUCUCUCUUAUUGCAGUGCUUUAUAAUGAAUGCUUUUGUAGUGCUUUAUUUCUCCACUGCUUUGCUGUGA